GUUGAGUUACUUCCCUUGACAAAGUCACUUCCGUUGAUGGAGAGGCCGUCUGUUGUAAAUUUUAGAAAGUCAACAAGAACGUUUAUGUAUGCUACAAAUUACUGAUGUUUCAUCGUCUUCAUCCACUGAGUUACAAGAAGGACCGAUGAGGAAGAUGAAGGGUUUUAUUUCGGCCUUUGGUAGCCCUGGAACACUUAAAACUCUUGCUGUUGGAAAUUUCCUGCUUUUUCUACUUCACUGGAUCAUCAAAUUCGAACAAGUGCGCCUUCAUGGGAAUUUUCAGGACCUAGACAUCCCUGUUGAAAAUGGGUUUGUUCCAUUAGGACUGAAGAAUUAUGAAUCAUUUCCAAAUUCUGGAUCCUAUAGAAUCCCAAAGAUUAUACAUCAGACAUGGAAAAACACAGAAAUUCCAAGUAAAUUCAUAAACUGGAUUAAAACUUGGAAAGCAAAUCACCCAGACUGGGAAUAUUUUCUUUGGACAGAUGAAAGUGCACAUGCACUUAUCAAAGAUAAAUACCCAUUCCUGUUGUCAACGUUUGAUAAUUAUUCAGAAGGUAUUCGUAAAGCUGACGCCCUGCGCUACAUCAUUCUGUAUGAAUUCGGAGGUGUUUAUGCUGAUAUGGACCUGGAAAGUUUAAAACCUAUAGAUCCUAUGGCAAGGAAAUACUCUUGUUUCAUAAGUCAGGAACCAUACGAACAUCCGAUCCUUGACGCAAAUUUUGAACACUUAGUAAUCAAUGCUCUCAUAGGUUGUCAAGCGAGGCAUCCAUUCAUGAAGAAACUAAUGGACAAUUUACCUGCGUUCCGUCACAUGUGGAAUGUUCUUGAUAGCACAGGGCCCCAUUUUGUGACACUUAUUUAUAAUGAUUAUCAGCAAAACAACAUUUCUCCCUCUGAAGAUCAGGGUGUAUAUCUGUCUCCUCCCGAGUACUUCUUCCCAACCAUAGAUCCAGCAAAACAUUUCUGGUUCCGCAUGCAAUGUGGGAAAUUCCACAAAUUAAGUGAUUUGCAGAAAAAAGCUUGCAAAACUCUUAAAAUAAAAGGUGUGAAUCGAAAGCCAACAUCUGUGGCUUUCACUGAUCAUCACUGGAUACAUACAUACAUAGACUUCAGGGUUUCUCUCAAGGGCCCAGUCAAUAUUUUCCAAAUUGUACCAGAUGCUAAGAUAUAUGGCAAUGCUAGAUAGCCUAUUUUAAUUCUUUGUUUUGAUAACUUUAUAAAUAAGGAAAAUAUUUCAUUAUAAUUGUUUAGUUGUUGUACAUAAACAUUUCUUUUAAAAAGACAUAGUUUGAAUAUCAAAAAGUAAAUAUAUCAAUGGAAUUGUCAGUGUAUACGUUAUAGCAUAUUUACUUAUUUCUAAUUAGGACCAUGCAUGAUCCCAAUAAGACUGUGAAAAGCAUAAGCAUGUUUUCUUUAAUUUCUUGUGUAUAUGUCUGACUUCACUUGGUUGUCUUUGUGCAGGUUGAAUUGUUUCUACUUAAUAUAAUAAAUAACAAACAACAGAAAAUAUCAGUUUAAUAUUUUAUUUUUUCCUGUCAUGUUCAUACAAAAGCCUUUGACAUACUGGAAUACAGUACAUUGAUAGAUUCUGUAAGAUGAGUAGUUUGAUGAAUGAUGAUGUGAAAAUAAGUUAUUUCCCAUGACAACUCUAGCUAUCUCUAUAUAUUGAGUGCCAUAAUCAUUAGACAUAUAUACCGUAGGUACUGAUAGGAAUGUCAUUCAUGAUAUCACAAAUAAAGAUACAUCGUUCAUGAUAUCAC